UUGAGUGGAGUGGAUAAUCCAUAAAAUAAUGCUGACGUUGUUUUUCAUAUCCGGGUGACAAUAGACGAUGUUACUUCGAGGUUACCGAUAAGUAUAUAAGGACGACUUGGAGAGUUUUGAAGUUAUUCGAGUCAGAUUGCUGUUGGUAACGAAGAGUAGGGCAUCUCUUCAAGAUGAAGUUUUAUCGAUAUCACUUGGUAAUAGUGUUAUUAUAUUCCAUUGUGCAAUGUUCACUUAGUCAGAAUGUAACCAUGAUAUAUGAGGAGGUUACUGAAGUUGCGACUGCUGAAGCCGAUGAAAUGGAUGAACUACCAUCGAUGUCUGCAGUGGAACCUAGUUCAGAUGAUGACGUUAAAGACAUUCAGCCUAUUAGUAGUUGGAUAGACAAAAUUGAAACAAAAUCUGUCGGUGAUGAGUCGGCUAUUGGUGGUUACCUUAUCACGACGUCUCCUGUGUGGGUUUCAAAUACCCGUGAAACAGUAUGCGUGAGCCACCUGGAAGGACCAACACAGAUUGACUUUACACUGAAAAACACCUACACUUGGAACAAUGCAUUUUCCACAACUCAUUCACAGUCAUUCCCGGAAGGUGGCAGUUCUUGUUUUAAAAUUCAGGUUCCAGAUAUAUCAAUUUCAUACAGUACAUCCGCCACACUGACUGCACAUAUUGUGACAGCAACAGCAAUAGUUAAAAAAGAAAUGAGAAUACGCAUGUAUGGCGAACAACUAGAGACAUAUAUACAAACAGACAAACCAAAAUAUAAACCCGGACAAGAAGUGAAAUUUCGAAUGCUAUCGAUUUUAUCGCCAUCGAUGAAGGUUGUAAAAGAUAAUAUUUCAAUUGUGUGGAUCGAGGCUCCAAAUGGACUUCGAAUAAUGCAGUGGGAAGAUGUAAUUGGCGACCAGGGACUGAUUGAUCUACAGAUGCAACUCUCCGAUGAACCGAUGUUAGGAACAUGGGCCAUAAAGGCAAGGGUACAAGGAAAAACUGUAAUACAAAACUUCAUUGUUGAAGAAUAUGUUUUACCCAAGUUCGAAGUUGUAACUGAGACACCCUCUGCUAUUUACAUCCGUGAUGAAUCAUUUAAGAUUAAGAUAUGUGGAUUGUAUACAUACGGUCAGCCUGUAAGAGGAUCAGUCAAUGCAACAGUUUGCUUUAAAUAUUCAUGGACUGAUUGUGACCCAGAGACUAGUGUAGUGAAAUAUACUGAGGAUACUGGACCAGACGGUUGUGGAGAAUUUGAGUUGACUUCCGAAAAACUAAAAUGGGAUGUUUCGCAAUAUUAUUAUGGUGGUAGACAACUUUAUGUUGACGCUAACUUUACCGAGGCUGGAACUGAUAUCACGUUAAACGGAUCAUCAGUGUCUACUUCGAUUAAGAAUUCGGCUGUGAGAAUAGAAGUAUUAGGACUUAAUUAUUUUAAACCAGGAUUUGAAUACAAUGGCAAGGUCAUCGUCACUAAUGCUAAUAACACCCCAGCCAAUGGUAUAAAUCUAACAAUAGCGAUCAGAGAAAACUAUGACUCGGAAGAUAUUCAAGUAUUUAAUCUCGUAUCAGACAACGGAGUUGCAAUAUUCAGUUUCGAAGGACCUACUGACACUUCUGUGGCAUCGCUUUAUAUAAAGGUUACCGCCGAAGGGUAUGAAACAGACAGUACAUAUGAUGAUUUCUAUGGUUUCUAUAGAAUCGCCUACAAUCCCUAUAACGCAAAGUAUUUGACUGGUUUCUAUUCGCCUAGUGGAAGCUUUUUGAGUAUUAAACCAAUUCAGAGUGAACUAAAUUUUGGGACUGUACAUACUUUUGAUGUCGACUACACUGUGCCAACUGGUGACAAUGGAAAUAUUAGUAUCAAUUAUUUGGUACUAGCUAGAGGUGCAGUCGCAACAUCUGGUAGCUUAGAAGUGCCAACACCAAGCUGUUAUCGUAAAGAAAAGCGGGACAUCGUGCCAGCAACAUUUGAUUAUAAUACCUAUGAAAAUUUGCCACCAAAACCUGAUGGAGAAGAAUUAGUCAUAGGUUUGGAACCACUUCCACCGAAUUGUCGAUUCUCAUUUAAUCUACCGAUUGAGAUAACUCCUGAAAUGUCACCAAACGCAAAAGUAGUAAUAUAUUAUGUCCGUGCUGAUGAUGAAGUUAUUUCAGAUUCAAUUGAAAUUCAAGUUGUAAAAGGAUUAUCAAACCAGGUGGCACUGGACUUUGAAGACGAUGAAACGCGGCCUGGAGAAACUACCACACUUACAGUUGAAUCUGAAGCCAAUUCUCUCUGUGCUGUUGGAAUUGUAGAUAAAAGUGUCGAACUUUUAGGAUCGACUAACCAACUAACUACUGAUAAGGUGUUCAAUUCUCUGUAUCGAUAUUCGUAUGGGUACUUCUACUAUCCCUUGAAAAAAUGCACACGUCGUCUUUUUGAUGAUGUACGACCGUCUCCGGAUGAAGCGGUUUCUAAUCCACUACCUACCGCCAAAGGAUACACCCUGACAACAAGCACGUACACCAGGACAAAGCAUGCCGAUACUGUAACUGUUUUUCAGAAUGCCGGUGUCGCUUUUGCUACAAACUUAGACGUGGAAACAAGACCUUGCUAUGAAAUCACAAAUUAUUACUGGCAGAGGGAUUAUCCUGUCUACUAUUUUAAUAAGGGCGGGCUUCCUGGUGCACCUGGUCCUGUGGAUAGUGAAAUCGUGGCGGAAGAUAAUAUUGCGGUUGCACGAGGGGGUGAAGCUGGAGAGGCAGGUCAAGAUGAAGUGGUUCCAGAUGUGCCACCAGUCAAGAUACGAACAUACUUCCCAGAAACGUUAUUAUGGCAGAUUAAACGAACACACAAAGAAGAUGGGAUCGCUAAGUUUGAUUUAAAUGUUCCUGAUACAAUAACCGACUGGAAGGCAAAUGGAUUCUGUAUUUCACAGGAUGGCGACCUUGGUAUUUCGGAAACAGCGACUUUACGAGCAUUUAAACCAUUUUUCGUUUCACUUACACUUCCAUAUUCCGUUAUUCGUAAUGAGACAGUUCCAGUUAAGAUAACUGUAUUUAACUAUCUUUCCGACAAAUGCCUUAUGGUUAAGCUUGUUCUGCAGAGUAGUAAUAAUUUUACAAUACUUGGUGGUGACGUCACUCGUAAAGUGUGUGUUUGCGGUGGAAGCUCUAAAACGGUACAGUUCAGAAUCGUGCCACAUCAGCUAGGAGACGUUCCUAUUACAGUUACUGCUGUGACCAAAGGAUUUAAUGUGGCUACUAGCAGUAAGUAUUGCGACGGUACACCUGAAGCUGCUGACAGGAAGUAUGUUGGUCUGUCCGACGGCGUGCAGCGUGAUCUGCUAGUUGAGGCUGAAGGAAUUGAAACGGAUGUGACGCAAUCGUCGAUCAUCUGCUUGAGCAAUGGCGAAACAGAAACAUCUAGUUAUAUGGUGGACUUGCCUCACAACACUGUUCCAGGAUCAGCUAGAGUAAAACUUCAAGUAAUCGGAGACAUUAUGGGACCUGCGCUCAACAAUUUAGAUAGAUUAAUUCGUUUACCUACUGGCUGUGGAGAACAGAACAUCGUUAAGAUGGCGCCAAAUAUUUAUGUUCUACAGUAUCUUAUCAAUACAGGCCAAGCAAACGCUGAGCUCAAACAAAAUAUUAUUCACAAUAUUCAAACUGGCUACCAACGAGAACUAAACUACCGUCGAAGUGACGGGUCAUAUAGUGCCUUUGGGGAACAUGACCAGGACGGUAGUACUUGGUUGACAGCAUUUGUUGUAAGAUCAUUUGCAGAAUCAAAAGCGUUUAUUAAGGUUGAUGAAGAUUUAAUGACCGGGAGUCUUCGGUGGUUGAUAGACCAACAAAACCGGACUACAGGAUGCGUUAUGUCAACAGGGAGAUUAUUCAACAAGGCGAUGAAGGGUGGAGUAUCGGAUGAAAUAACUCUGACUGCAUACACUAUGAUAACAAUGUUAGAAGCUGGUGGUGGUCAGACCACGGACAGAGCUAUUUCUCAGGCAACUAAAUGUCUUGUUACCCGAUGGAAUAAAAUUGAUUCUGGUAUUCGAAAUGACUCGUACUCUGUAGCAUUACUUGCGUAUGCAUUUAAGCUUUCUGGUAACACCCUAUACUCUGAUGUACUUAACCAACUAAAUGCUCUUGCAAUCGAAGAAAAUGGGUUGAAACACUGGGAGCGUCCGGAAAGCCUUCGGCCUAAGAAUACAUGCUUCUAUUGCCGCGCCCCCUCAGCAGAAGUUGAAAUGACUGCGUACGCACUUCUUGCUCUUGAUUUGAAUACGGACGCUAAUCAAGUGGAAGGAUUAAAGAUUUCUCGAUGGCUUGCUCAACAACAGAAUGCAUACGGGGGAUACUCAUCCACCCAGGACACUGUCAUAGCCUUGAAAGCACUGUCUUAUUUUGCUGAGGUACUCUAUGGUGGAGAGACAACGCAGAUGAAUAUUAAAGCAUCUUCGUCGGCUGAUGGCGAAGUAAAUGAGUUUGUGAUCGACUCAUCUAAUCGUCUUUUGCUGCAAAGGAUGGAUAUUGAAAAAGCGCCAACAACGGUUGACAUUGAUGCUUCAGGAAGUGGAUGUGCUCUUGUGCAGGUUCAGGCACUUUACAACAUCUACGAAAAACCAGCAGUAGAGCAGGAACCGUUUAGUAUCAGUGUUGAUACAUCAACUCCUGAUGAAAAGCUUGGGUGCGAAAAGCAAACAAUGCGAAUAACUAUAUCGUAUAACGGCGAUGAUGGCGCUUCUAGUAUGGCUAUUGCAGAAGUCAAACUUGUGUCUGGUUACUAUGCAGAUAAACAGUCUCUCUACAGAUUAAGCAAAGAUGCUGACCUUAGGAAACUUGGAUUUAAGCGUUAUGAAGUCAGUGGUAAUAUGGUGGCCUUCUACUUUGAUGAGUUCACUUCCAAGCCCUUAAGCUUUGAAUUCGACGUAGAACAAGUAAUCAAAGUCAAGAAUGCGAAACAAGGAACAAUAACUGUUUAUGACUACUAUGAAGCAGAAUUGAAGUCUGUCAUAUCUUACAAACCUUGUUGAAGCUAUUGCAUCACAAAAUGUUUCUUUCAUUGCUGAGUCCUGAUCGAAUAUGACUAUAAUAAUCCUCUUCGAUAAUUAAAUUUAAACUUGUAAAUCAUACAUGUGUUAGUUUGUAGUAGUGUAUGUUCGUGUAUUAAAUGAUAUGGUUUUAGUACAGUAUGUCUUUACUUUGGGACACACUAAUUUUAUUUUCAUUGUCGUUUGAAGUUUACAAGCAUAGUCCUACUUUACAAUACAAUUAUAAUACAAUGUGUCAAUGGUAAGCUAUGACAAAAAACGAAAGUAAUAGUUGUAAUAGCAUUGUAUAGACCCGACAAAGACGGUCAACCACGACUAUCACUUGCAACUAAGUCUUAAUCUGUGCAGUUGCAAGUACAUAUGCAAUGUCAGAACUUGUAGGACUACUAUAUUACACAUCGGACUGGCAUAAAAACUGGCAUCCACUUCAAAUUUAACGUCAAAGUAGUGUAGAUUACGAACACGAACCAGCUUUUCACCUCGAAAUUUCUAAAAGGUAGUUGAAAUGUUAAAACACAGUGAACUGAAUCAAAUUAUUUAAAUGCCAACAUAAAUAAACCAACUUAUGAAAAUUUUUUAUUAAUGUAUUCAGUUUUAAUGACAAAAUAGAAAACACUGAAUAAACUCAAAGAUGUAUGA